ACACUACGCUCCUCUUUCCUCCCCUAGCCGCCGCCAACCCUCUCUUCUCCAAGCCCCUCCCUCUUCCCCAGAUCUCCGACACCAUUCGCCAACGCGUCUAGGAAGAUGGUGCUCCAUAGCCUCCACCAUAUAUACCUUCCUCCGUCCGUCCCUAUCACCCUCCCAAUCAUCGGCGUAUCUCGCCGCCAAAACAAUUUAUGGAGACUACGACGGUGCGUUGCUCACUGUCCAAGCCCUACUCAUCGGGUACUCCCGAGUCCCGACGGCUAGGCCUACCGACGGCCUCCUCCAGCUCCAACCCUGUGCGCGGCGACGACCUACUCCGGCGAGAGCGCACAUCACUCCCGCCUCUCCAAAUCCGGCCCCGAAUCCCAAGGUAAUUACGGCCGUGCCAUGGGCCAGCUUAGGAUCAGCCCGAGCAACAUCCUAGUAAUCACAGGGGAGUGCCACUGGUGAGGACCACGCCCUACCGAGACCAGGGACGGAGGGCAUUCUGGGAAAUGGCAAAUCCUUGGGGUUCCAAGCCGCUGCUGCUGGCUGCUGCCUGCUGCCUGCUCUCUCUUCUUUCCUUUUCUCGCCGUCAGAUUUCUCUCCCAUAGAAAGAACUCAUCUUUUUCCGUGCGGCGCUCUUCCUCGCCGGUAUAAAACUGGUCCAUCUGUAAAGGUCAGAGAGCGCGAGGAACAGGCGGAGUCACCGGGAGGGGAGUGUGCGCCCGCCCGCGUGAGUGAUCGGGGUGAAACGGCAGGGAGGAAGGGGACAAGGAGGAGGAAGAGGAGGAGGAGGAGGGCUCGUGUAUAUAAAUUGCCGCUCCGAUGCGAGGCUCCUCCUCACUCGAGGCCAUCGCGGUUGCUGCUCGGGACGUCGCUCCGUCGCCCAGCCCCUCCAAACCCAACCCCGCCGCAAUGGACAUGUUCAGGUACCAGAGGAUCAACCCGGAAUCCGUGCCAGUCCCCAAUGGCGGCGGCAGCGGUAGCGGCAGCGGAUCGACCAGGAAGCCAGCGCCGUCAUCCACGUCGAGCAAGGACGAGCGCGGCGGCGCCCCGGCCGUGGACGCCGACACCUCGCGCCUCGCGUCCUGCCUCGCCCGCGCCUCGCUGGAGCAGCCCAGGCCACGAGGGCGUCCGGCGUCCUCGUCCGCUGCCAUCGUGAGCCACCACCAGCUCUACAGCGCCUCCCAGGGACCCAACCUCGGCGGCGGGCAGUACAACUUCGCCGCCCAGGCCUCCCGGGCAUCCAACAGUCUCGGCGGCGCGGUCUACAGCUUCGCCGCCCAAGCUUCCCGGGCAUCCAACAGCCUCGGCGACGGGCUCUACAACCUCGCCGCCCAUGCCACCCAGGGACCCGACCUCGGCGGUGGCAGCAGCAGCGGCGGCAUUGGCAUCGGCAUCGACCCCGCGCCGCUCAAGUGGGGCCGCAAGAAGCGCUCGCGCGCCCGCCGCGAGCCGCACGCCCACGCGCCCGCUCCCGCACCGGCGCCCACCCCCGCCCCCGCCCCCGCGCCCGAGCCCGAGCAGACCUCCGCUCAGGCGGCGCGUCGCCGGGCCACCAUCAGGAUCAAGAACCGCCCGGCGGCGCAAGCCCAGGCGGAGGCGGAGAAGCUGAUGCCGCCGCCGAGCGCCCGUGGCCCCAUCAUCCGCGACACCUCGCCCCUGACUCCCCGCGCCGCCACCCUCUGGCCGCUGGCUCCUCGCUCCGCCACCCUCUCGCAGCACAGAUCAUCCGGCGAGGGUGCUCACGCCGCUGCCGGCGGCGAGCAGCAGCAGCAGCCAGCGGCCAAGUGGGAGCCGAAGCAGCAGCGUCAGGCGUCCGACAAGGCGCUUCACGGCGUUAGCGGCGAGCAGGUGCAGCAGCCAGCGCAAAAGGUUCAUGAGACUAAGCCGCAGCGGCAGGCGUCGGACAAGGCGCCCCACAACACCGCCGAGCAGGAGCCGGCGACGGCGCAGAGGCAACAGCCGCAGCGUCAGGCCUCGACGAGGGCGUCGGACAAGGAGAAGGGCAAGGCGCCGAUGGUGCCGGAGACCCCCGCGGUUCCGCCGCACAUCGUGGCGAAGGCGGCGGCGGCAGCUGCUGCCGCGAGGGAGGCCAUGGCCCGGCCGGCGCUGCCGCGGGUCGUGACCCAGCUGACCCGCAAGGAGAAGGAGGAGGACUGGUUCGCCAUGACCGGCACCAAGCUGCCCCACCGCCCCCAGCGCCGCCCCAAGGCCGUCGAGCGCGACCUCCACAACUUGUUCCCGGGGCAGGGGCUGUGGGAGGUGAACAGGACCAGGUACAUGGUGCGCGAGAAGAAGUCCAAGAAGCGCCAGGGCGGCCUGCAAGCCAUGGCGGAGGAGGACGACUCCGACUGAGCUCCCAGAGGGGCGCGACUCCGACGACGACGCGGCGGGAGAAAAAAAAAUACUUUUUGCGUCGCCGAUGCGGAGGCGUAUGGACAUUCCAUGAGUGUCGGUCGAAACAGAAAAACCAAAAAAAAAGAACUCCAGCCGGCGCUCGGCUUUUCAAUUUUUUUAGGCUUUCGUUCGUGGAGUUUAUGACAGAAAAUUUGGUGGUUUAAGACGGUCGGAGCCCGCCGUCGCUGUUUCCGCGCCUCCGUGGUGGGGGUGGGGGCGACGGCGGGCUGUGCAUAGUACCAGACCUGGUUCCAGACUUGCAUAGCCUGGGGAAGAGCUUGAAAGAGGAAACAACCUUUUUUGCUCAGUUUUGUUGUCCUUGUUCCGUUCGCCGUCGUUUGCUUCCUCAUUGUUGAUUUUGCGUUGUCGCAUUUUUUGCUUUUGGGUUGGAGGUGUUGGUGCGCCUCUCCUACUCGUGUCGAUCGCCGCCAUGGAUUUCUGUUUUGCAGGAACUGUUUGUGGCUUCGCUCUGUUGGGACAAGGGUGAUUGGUGAAAAAACGCGAUGGUGAUGGCGUAUGAAUGCUGUUAGGUGUCAAAGUCUUGCUUAACUUGGUGAUGGACUUUGCUACGCCUACAGCUACAUGAUGAUUGAAAUCAAGGACUACAACAUUUGCUUUGGUUUCGGCUUACAUAUGGCUUGGAAACCAUGGUGACACUGGCGUUGUUGACCUUUGGUGGCGGUCUUAGUACAAGAAAAGGUGUAACCUGAUACACUAUAUCAGUAAACUUCCUAAGAUUGAAGGCCUCACAAUCAAUUGAGGUUUCCAAUUGGAAUUUGGUCAUCCAAUUUUAAUCGGGCUUGCGGUGGCGGCCGACGGCAGGUGAGGUGGCGGCCCUGCUUCUUGGCGGCAGGGUGGCGUGGUGGCGCGGGGUGGCCGGCGACGCGCCCCCGCCUAGAUCUGGGCCCUGCGGGCCCCAUCUGAAUUCUAGUGGGCCGGCACCCGGCGUGGUGGCGUUGUCUUCUGCGUGGUGGUGAGGAGGAGCAACUUGGACGGGGGGCGGCGUCGUCGACGGCAUGCUUGUUGCAGCGCGACGGCAGGAGCUUUACGGACGGGGGUCCCGGCCGGGCCUGUGGGCCCACAGGCCUGGUAUGCUAAUGUUAUUGCGUCUGGUCGGCUACCGUCAUUGACGGUGCAGGUUGAGCCUUUCCGCGUGCCGAUGAUGUUGUUGCUUCUAGUCCCGGCUCCUUUUCGUCGCUGUGCAGGUCGCUCCUUCCGGUGCCGUGGUGAGACGGCACGGGGGCUUCAAGAGCGUGUUGGUGCCGAGUGAAGGUCGGUUUGGUGGCAGGCUCCGGAGCGGUCGAGGUGUGGGUUGGGAUCGGAGAAAACACCUUUCGGCCCAGGCGACACCGAUGCGGUGACGUCUUUGGGUGUCGUCGAACCUUCCUGAAGGGCGUCGGAGCUACCCUUCCUCGCGCCUCGUCGCGUACCGGAGGAAACCCUUGACAGCAGUGUCGUCAUCGUCGCAUUCCUUCUUCGAGGUAUUGAUGGGUACAUGCGCUUUGCAGACUUAGAGAUUGGUGGGAGAUCCUUGGUGGGCGCAGCGAUCGUGGGUCUUUUGUGUUUUUGUCGAUCUGUCGGUGUCGGCAUUUGUUUCUCUUAUAUAUAUAUUAUUAUUUUUUUGGAUGUGACUGUGUUGUUUU